AUCACUAAGUUUAAGUAAUCAGAAUGGCCGCAAGUUAUACAUCAGCCUUUCGAAACUUAUUGCAAAGACAGGUAACAAUAUUUUAUUUGAAUGUAUUGUAUCACCUUUAAGCAAAAUACAUUAAUACUCUUUUUAUCUAUCGUUGAUGAUAAUGACACAUGCUUAAUAUUUAAUAUGAUAUGCAAACAUGCUUUUAGAAACUAUGUCAUAAUCUACAGUGCAAGUCUACGGACGGGUGCGAACUUUGGACCCCCCAAACAAAAAAAAAGGACGUAUUUUAAAAUUUAACUUAUAAUUAAUAUCAUAUUUGGGGCCAUCAAUAAAUGACGUUACGCACCUGGGGGAGGUGUGGUCACCUAUUUGUUAUGAUUUGGAGGGAGAGGGUGGGAGCUAAGCAUUAUCUACCAUGCAUUAUGACAUCACCAAAAAGUAAAUCUUAGUUACUCUUCUUCUUCUAUGUAUUAAGGGCCCAGGCCCAAGAUAAAUUUAGUGAUCAUUUUGGAUUCUAUACAUGUAGAGGGGAUUGCAAUGUUUCUGUGCCUGGUGUUGAUGAGGAUAUUUCACUGGUUGCAAGGACUACUUUGUGAGGGCAUCAUGCACUGGGGAUUGGAAGGCCUGAGGCAAUAGUAAAUAGACGCAAAUGUGUCAAGUGUUGUCGCCUCAACUGUUCCUUUUGAAAGCUUGUUCCAGUCCGUGAUUGCUUUUGGCAGGAAUGAGCAGCUCCUAUACUGGCUUCUGGCUGGUAUGAGCCAGAAUUGCCUGUCAUGGCUUCGUCGCUGUCUAUGGGGGAGAGGGACGAGUUUCUAUUUAAUGCUGGAGCAGUAGACUAGUCCAUUAUUUAUCUUGUACAUCAUGGAGAGCCUGGAUAGUCGUUGUCGUUCCUCUAAUGGCAGACCUGUUUACUGAAGUUUACUCUAAUGAUUUUGGCGUACAAUGUAUGAUUUUGAGGUGCAUACAUUUUAUUCACUGUAUGUUUAUUUUUUAACUAUCAAGAUAAUGUAUUGAAUGCUUUUGUGAUGAUGUUGUACGAUUUUAAGAGUUUGAGGGUAAACAGGUCUGCAAUGGUGGCCUAGUGUUUCCAGCAUGCUGCCAACACUAGAGGUAUUACUGUAGCGGUUCAGGACAAAGCGUGCUGCCCAUCGCUGGACCGCCUCCAACCUGUCGAUGCUCUUCUGGGUAAACGGGUCCCAGACUGAAGAUGCAUAAUCUAAAAGCUGGUGGACAAAGGCUUUAUAGGCUGUUUCUUUCACACUUAAGUGUCUUAAGAGUUAAGUUACGUCUUAAUCUUGAUUUUAAUAAUUUUAACCACUUGAACUGAAUUCUGAAUUAAAGUAAUUUUUAUCAUAAUUUAUUAUAAUUAUGAAAUUCUCAUUCUUUGUUUGGUUUGUGGAUGUUUGAUUCUAUUUUAUUCAAUAUUUACACCAUCCUUUAUUACUGAGAGAUUCAGUACUGUGGAGAGCUGGUGGUAGGCCUUCACAAUGUGAAUCACAGCCUGUGACAUAGGUAUGCGAAUGACAUCCUGCUGUCUCUCAUCCAUCUGAUGAUCAAGUUACUAGAUGGAGAGGAAAAUGGUCAGAGGGGCUGUGACAAUUGCCAGCCUGGAUAAAUUAGGGCCAAACAUAGGAGGGGAAAAAGGGGGGGGGGGAGUAGGGAAAGCCCCACAAAAGUCAGAAUAAAAAAUAGCUGACUGAAAAAGAAACUCUCUCUGAAAUGUUCUAGGGCAGAGGUUCCCCAUGGUGUCUCAUGUCAAAUUCUAACAAGUACUUAGUGAAAUUUACCAAUUUUUUAUAUCUUUUUCAAAUUUGCUGCACCCUAAGAGAAAGCUUCUGUUCCACAGAAAGCGCUGGCACGCAAUUUGGAAAACUCUGUUCUAGGGAAAAAUGUUUCUGACACAAAUGCUGUAAUUCGAAUGGCCUAUUUAUGGGAUAGGAAUUCUUUUAGAUUUUGUAAACAAAAAGGUUAAGAGGAUAGGGGACAGUGUAAAUUUUUCUUCUGAACUACACGCUUAGGGGCUAUUGAUAUUAAAUAGGAAACAGAAACAUAAUUUAAUGUACAAAAAAAAAAUCUGUAAACUGCCCAGUUAUUAAUUUUAAAAUCUACAAUGAUGACCAUGAUUGAAUGAAAGUGAUUUGAAACAUUAGGUGAACUGAAACAUCACUUUUUAAAUAUUUUUUGGAUGCUGGGGGCACUUAAAGGUUUGUGACAUUAUAUUUGAGAGGAGUCUAACUUUUUGUGAUGAUUUGUGACAAUGGGGAAUGGGGGGGUCAAAAAUAAACAAAAUUUGUGUGAUGUCAUGUCAAUAUGGACCGCCCCUUAAUAUAAUUAUUCAUAUCGGUAUGUUUUGUUUUUUAUUUACUCCACAGCUAUCAAAAUCAGUAUGUCCUGCCAAUGCGAGCCAAAGAGGAUUCAAAGCAGAUAAAACGUAUUUAGCAAAAGUAACAGAUCAUGCCAAAUAUUUCCCAGCUAAAACCACUCCUAUGCUGCCCCCUGAAACGUUUAAAGGAAAGUUAGCAUUUAUCACAGGUGGUGCAACAGGACUUGGAAAAGGUCUAGCUUUGAAUUUAUCACAGCUGGGAGCCAAAGUUAUCAUUGCCAGCAGGUAGUUAAAACAAUCACCCACCUUCAGUUGUAUUAAUAUUUUUAAGUCUUACAGUUAAACUCCAUCCUUAAUCAGAGCAGCUGAAGUCUUAUUUUUUUAUUCAUUUAUUUUAACUAGUAUUAGUUUAUAAAAUAUUUAACUUUAUGCCUCUGAUUUCACUUGUUAGAUUGCUACAGUCUAAAGAUGAUAAGAAUCUAAAAAUGAAAUUAUGCUUUUUAAAUAUAAGAUUUAGUAUAGUUAAGAACAUGAAUGCUGAAAAUUUGAAACUAUAUUAAGCUAAUUGAAUUUAGUAUAGGCAAUUUUUUUAUUUGCACCUUAUAGACAUCAUACAUGCCAACCUGUACGGUUUACCAAAGCUUUGUACCGUUUUUAUACAUUUAUCACGAUGUAAGGCUGUUAUGUACCAUUAUAUGGUCUUAAUCCAAUUUAAGAUUUGGCUUGUAUAAUGAACAAUAUGUAAUCAAGGACUGAAAACUAGUAAACGAUGAAAAACAAUAUCAAAGCUAGUGAUACUAACAAUAUUCAAUUCAAUUACACUAUUAAAUUUCUAUAAAAAUAAAAAUUAAAAAUUUAGAAACAAAAAAAACUAUAUCAACCUACAGCACAGCAAGUGAAAGGUAUAAUCCAUGAAUUAAUUUACACACACACAUAAAGAGUACAAUUUUGCUUUAACAUAAUGUGUCAUAAAUGUCUAGGAAAAUUAGCAAAAAUCUGUGGGCUAGGAAAGCUGCUGGCCUAUAUAUAAGGAUUAAAUCAUAACUCUCUAAAGGAGAAAUUCUAGAAAUUUCUUCACCAGAUAGCAUUCUUUAGAACAAAUAUAAUGUAAACAACCUUUUCCCAAUGAAGCAAAGGGUGGGUAAAAAGGAGUGGCACAACACAUUUACUCUGUGAGAUCAAUAUUAAACGAAACAAAAGGGAGACAAGUGGUGGUGGCCACAAUGCUAAAAUUAGGUCUACAAACAUGCCAUAACAAUGAACAUACAGGCUUUUGUACAGUUUUUCACUGCAUUUUGGACAUACAAUUUUUGCACAAGACACACAUUCAAAACAAGUGUUGCAAGGAAUAAACUUUGGGCAACAAGAAACUUAAAAUAUUAUUGGUAUGUUCAAAAUGAUAUCAGUCAUUAAUACUAAGUCACCCAAGUAUGGUAAUAUUAACUAGUUUGAGUAGUAAACCAUAAUAACAAAACUGUUUGUGUAUUUCUUAACAAGAGCUGCAGUGUAAGCAAGUGUUCUUUUAUUUCAUAUUAAGUAAUAUAAUAUGUAAUAUUACUAAUAAUCAAUGACUAGCAUUAGACUCAUUAGUCAUUAUUCAUAUAUAUUACAAUGGCAUGGCUGAAUCCCUCUGGUAGAGUUAAAAAUGAGGUCAUAAGUUGAAGCCAAACUAAAUAACUUUGUCUGGACAAAUUAGGUUUAUUUUACUUCAUCAAUUUAAAUUCAUGAAUCUGUAUUACUACAGCUGGCAUAUUUCACUGAAGAAUUAUAUUGUAUCUAAUUGCAUCUAAACUGAUAUCAAUUUCAUCAUCUUUUACAUUUUUAAUGAAUUAACUAUUGACCAGUUCAAAAAAAAAUUCAAAAUUUGAUAAAAAUAUCAAAGCUAAAACAAGCUAUUUUCAUUUAAAAGAUGCAGUAUAUCCUUUUAUGAAUGAUGUAAACAUGCUUAAAUGUGCACACAGUGAAGGGGUGUUUUUCUUUAUUUUAUUCAUAUAUUCAAAACGUAGAUAAAGAUGAUGAAAAAGUUAUAACUUAUACUUUAGUUCUACUUUUCCUUUUUUCUGUACAGUUUUGUAUGCUGGUGUACAGUAUUUUGGGACUGUUUGUACAGUUUUUUAUGCUGGUGUACAGCAUUUUGGGACUGUUUGUACAGUUUUUUGAUCUCACAGGUUGGCAUGCAUGAGAUAUAGUAGGACAGAUUUUUUUUUUAAAGCAUCAGACUCGGUACAUUAAUGGUCGAUUUAGGAAUUCAUGCAUCGCACUAUUUUGGAAAAUUUUUUAUCUUACCCUAUAGUCACACAUUUGUCAUAAAUAUUAUACACACUUAUGACACAUGAUCACAAUUAUAUGCCCACCCCCCCCUUUUUUUCUUAAUCUGUGAUGUCAUUUAUGCAUGGCGCUAUAGUAGACCUACUAUCACAACAAACCACACAUAAAUUUUCCAUGUCAAGUUUAUUAUGAUAUUUAUUUAUGAUUUUAAAUGAAUGUUGAUCAUUUUUUUGUUCAAAUAAUAUUCAUUACAUAGAACAUCCUAAUCAGUUAUGACAUAUAAAUUUACAGAAGUGCAGAUAAGCUGAAAAAGACAGCUGAGGAGAUUUCUAAUUCCACGGGGAAUGAAGUUAGUACCCUUAUAAGAAAUGAUGAGUUCAUUUGGGUGUUUGAGACAAAUAUCUGUUCACAAGAACAAUUACACCAUCUGCUAAACACUUAGGUCAAAGACAUAUGCUUUCCUGUUAAAUCAAAGAUUUGAUGCUUUACUGGAACUGGUUUUUUAUUUUUUUUAAUUUUUUAUCAUUUAAAAUGUUUAUUAUUUGAUAACCUUCUCUAACUACAGUAUAUUUUUAGUUAAGAAAUUUCUAUUAAAUUUAUGAUAAGAAUUUCCACAUCUAGGUUGCAGACUAUCGUUUAGAUGUCAGGGAUCCAGCAGCCAUCAAAUCAGUCUUUGAUGCCAUCGAAUCCAGCCAUGGACUUCCCGACAUCGUUGUCAAUAAUGCCGCUGGCAAUUUUAUUACACCAACAGAGCGGCUUUCAGCGAAUGCCUUCACAACGGUCAUCAACAUUGUUUUGAAUGGCACUGCUUAUAUAACCCUGGAUGUUGGGAAAAGGUUAAUCAAGGCAAAAAAAGGUAAUCUGGCAAUGAACUGUUUACUUAUAACAGACUGGUUUACUCUUAUGAUUUUGGUGUACAGUGUACGAUUUUGAGGUGUAUACAUUAUAUUUAAUGUAUUAUUAUUUUUGAAUGGCACUGCUUAUAUAACACUGGAUGUUGGGAAAAGGUUAAUCAAGGCAAAGAAAGGUAAUCUGGCAAUGAACUGUUUACUUAUUACAGACCUGUUUUCUCUUACGGUUUUGGUGUACAAUGUACGAUUUUGAGGUGUAUACAUUAUAUUUAAUGUAUUAGUAUUUUUUUACUAUUAAGAUAAUGUAUUGAAUGAUUUUUGAUGAUGUUGUAUGAUUUUAACAGUUUGGGGGUAAACAGAUCGGUUAUCAUAUUAAAAUGAUGUAGAUAUUUUGCUAACUAAAAUAUAGUGUUGAACUAACAAUCUUAACAAGGUAAGAUUCUUUUUAUGAUAUCAGUGAUCCAGCGGCCAUCAAAUCAGUCUUGUGGCCUGGAGUUCAAACCCCCACCAAAAGCCAAGUCAAGCAAAAACAUCACCAACGCCCCUGGUCGAUGGGACCCAUUAACCUUGGAUGGCAACUCAUCUAGGAGAAGGAAGCUCUGAAUCAAAACUUGGAGAGGGAGUCCCGUAGUAGGAUACAUUUAUGCAAUGAAAGAUUCCAAAAACCCCUGCAACGCUUCUGGUGCAAAGCUGUAUCAUCCAUUUAUGGUUUCCUAGGUUAUCCAGGUGCGUGGAGAGAGUUGCUGUCUAGGGAACCAUCUUAAACUCCUAAAGAAAUAAUCCCAGGCCUUGUGAUUUCAUCCCGCCAAGUCUACACCAUUGUCAUAUUGUGAUGGACGGAUGCCGAAAAAAAAAAAGAGAAAGAUCCUUUUUAAAAUUAACUCAUUCAGCCUUACCUACUAGAAAUUUUUAGAUUGUAAAUUCAGAGGCCAAAGGGGAACAACUCAAUACAUACCAUAGAUUGGUUCCAUAAAAGUUCGUGACCAAAUUAUUUGAAUGCUUUCUUUAUUGUGCUGCAUUCUAUUAUUAUCUAUUACUUUCAUUUUUUAAAUUCUUGCAUACUCAACUUUUACUCUGUACACUACAAGAAAAAGCUACGAUAAAUUUAAGAAAUACUCUCAUGAAUUUAAACUUCUUACAAAAUGCUCUACUGUUCUUAUUAUAUUCACCAUUUUAAUAAAUGCUGUUAUAUCUAAUAAUUUACACAUUUCAACUUUUAAAUCAUCCCAAAAAAAAAAUCAACUUUUAAAUCAAUUCUUUUUCCACAUCAUAGAAUGAUUAACUCAACAACUCGUAUUCUAUCGCCCCAAACAGGGGCUGUAUUUUUGGCAGUCUCAGCUGACUAUGCAGAUUCUGGAUCAGGUUUUGUUGUGCACAGUGCAUGUGCAAAGGCAGGCGUAGAAGCUCUGACAAGGUCGCUUGCUGCUGAAUGGGCGAGAUAUGGUAUGAGAUUUAAUGCCAUUUCUCCAGGGCCGGUGGAAACAAAGGUACUAAUAUCAUGUCUUGUAAAAAAAAAAAUUGUGAAUGUUAUUUGACAAUUCAAUUGUGAGGCACCUUUGUUCAUGCUAUUCAUAGACUGACUCCUGUUCUACAUUGAGAAUUUUGAGCUACAUUUACAUUAGUGUCAUCUUUAAAAACAAAGGGUUUAUUUUUUUUUAUAUAAAUUUAUCUGUUUUUUAUUAUUGUGUUGUCUUGCUGGAGAAGAAUCUAGUCUGUUUAAAUGUCGUGUAUUUUUUUUUCAAGCCUUAACAGAACAUGUUACUCUGGUUUUUUUUACUUCAGGCACAGUCCCCUAAAUAAAUAUGUUAUCAUUUAUAAAAACAUGACAGGAGCUGUUUUUAGCUAACUUACUAAAUUUACAACACAAAAUAUUGAAUAAAGUUAUCUUUUAAAAAAAGUUAAAGUAAUGUUUGGCUGUUUUGCCUAUUAUUUUUGUAUUUUGUCCAUUUUGUUGAAAAUGAGAUUUCUUCUUAAAAGAAAAGAGGCCAUGUAUUAUUUUCUGUAUCAAUUCCAAUCAAGAUUUUUUUUCAAUGUCAUUGUGAACAAGUGGAUGAAAUAAUUUGCUUUAAAAAUAAAUGGUAAGGAUGAAGAUUACUUGACAUCAUUCUUUCUCAGGGAGCUUUCAGUCGGCUUGAUCCUACUGGACAGUUUAUGGAUAAAUUUGUUGAAAAAGUUCCAGCUGGUCGUAUUGGUGAGGUUGGAGAAUUUACCAAUCUGGCAACUUAUUUAUUAAGUGAUUACUCCUCUUGGGUCAAUGGACAGGUAAGAUAUAAACACUUUUUAAACAUUUUUGAAAAGCCUUUGAAUGCAUUAUUGUAUCGAAGUGGCUAUUCGGACCCAGAUACCUUUAGACUAAAUCCCAUGUGGAUGUCAUUUGGGGUAUUUUUUUUUCAUUUAAACUGAAGAAGUAAGUUUACAAACAUAUAGUCCUUUCAAUUAUCUUUCAUUUGAUACCUCAAUUUGUCUUACAAGUUACAAACCCAACAAUAAUAUUUUAAAUAGUUUUUAAUCCCAACCUCUCAUUUCUGAUACCCGGGUGCGAAUAGUCUCAGCCUUAUUUUAUAUCAGAAAGCCAUCUCCAGAACAGAUUAUUAACACAAAUAACUGAAUUUUAAAUUUCCUUAGACAUUUGUAUAGUCAUUUUUCUAGACAUCAAGAGGACAUUUUCUUAACUUGAGAGAAUAAAUUAAAUGUUUUGCAAAUAAAUGCAGUCUACGUGUGUUGAUGUUUGUAAUUGCUUGGCCACUGCUUUUUGGCAUCUAUCUACUUUGCCUUGAUGAAAGAACACCCCUUGUUUAUACAGGUCAUCCGGCUCAAUGGAGGAGAGUACCCUUGCACUGCGGGCCUGUUUAAUGAACUUAAGCAAGUAACAGAUGACCAGUGGAAUGCCCUGGAGGCCAUGAUUAAAUCUGUCAAAGGGUCUUAAUAUAUAUUUACAACAUUGGCUUACCACGGGUCCAUUGGGAAAUAUAGUUUGGGGGAAAAUAAAUGGAACUAAAUUUUAUAAAUUUUUAUAAUCAAUUAAUAGUUCAUAAUUAUCAGAAGUAAAGAUGAAACAAUUUUUUUUCUUAUAAAUUUAAUUUGUUAAAAAUGUAGGAUGGGUUUUUGUUUGUUUUUUUUUACAAAUUCAAGAUGCUGUAAAUAAAAUAUAAUUCUUAUCAACUUAAUUAAAAUAUUCAUUUUAUAUCUGAGCAAUCUCUUAAGUCUAUUCCAAUUCAAUGUCAUAAUUAUGAGAAAUCAAGCAUGCAGAACUUGCUGAUCAUAAACUAUAUAUUUUACUCCCUGCUUACUUAGUGACAUUAAUACUUUAAAAAUUGUACAAAAAGACUCAAUUUGAAUGUAUCCUGGUCUUUUAAUUUAUUUAUUUAUUUAUUUAUUUAGGCAUUUUUAUAUAGCGCUUAUCAUAAAGCUCUAAGCGCUUUACAAUUAUUAAAACAUGUAAACUAAGUAAAAUAAAAAUGAGACACUAGGAUAGUAACUACUAUUCUAUAGAAACAAUGAAAAUGGCUAUAAAAAGAGGACACUUUGACACUUCAGGAUUAAGCCGAAACAGAAAAUGAGGUAGGGCAAAUAAAAUUCAUUUCAUGGUUUGUGCUUGAAUAAGCAGAGCAUUCUUUUUAAAGAAACAUUUUUUUCCCACUAAAGUAAAUUUAAAAAAAAAAACAACCACUUAAAUAAUUUGUUUUUUAAAUGUACUUAAAUACUUUUUUUUUAAGCUGAAAUAAUGAACAGUUUUUUUUUUCCGACC